AUGAAAAAAAGAGGGGCUUGGAAGAGGGGCUCUAAAGGGGCUAGAAAAGGUCGGCGGCCUGGGGCUCUUGCUCACUGUGUGAAGCCAAGGAGUGGUGGUGUCCUUUGCCAGCUCUCAGGCUGUCAGAAUGCGUCCCUCUUCCUACACAGCCACUCUUUUCCUCCAGAGCCCCAGUUCCUAACCCUUUCCCUCACGAUGCCCACCCCAAGGCCAGCCCUUUACCCAGGUCUGACAGCUUCAGAAAUUGGGGAGGAAGAGGAAGGCAGAGGGUGCGAGGCUAGAAUCACACCAGAAUUGGGCCUGGAGGAGGAGGGGCAUUUCCUUACCUGAGGGUGCCGGCCUCUCGCCUUGUUUGCUCUGAGAUAGCCAGUCUCACUCCUGCCCAGCACCGGGCAGCUGCCCGCCGGGCGCUCCCUUCCCUCCCAGACACCCACUGCGACCGACAGACGGCAGCCAUGGCCGGGCUCCCGGGGCCUUUCUUCUGCCGGGCCCUGCUGGGCUUCGUGUGCCUGAGUGGGCGAGCCGUGGAGGUGAAAGUUCCCGCCGAGCCGCUGAGCAUGCCGGUGGGCAAGACUGCAGAGCUGAGCUGCAGCUACAGCACGUCGGUGGGAGACAGCUUCGCCCUGGAGUGGAGCUUCGUGCAGCCUGGGAAGCCCAUCGCUGAGUCGCAGCCCAUCCUGUACUACACCAACGGCCAUCUGUAUCCAACUGGCUCUAAGGCAAAGCGGGCCAGCCUGCUUCAGAACCCCCCCACAAGAGGGGUGGCCACCCUGAAACUGACUGAUGUUCGCCCCUCAGAUACUGGAACCUACCUCUGCCAUGUUAACAACCCACCAGAUUUCUACACCAACGGGCUGGGGCUAAUCAACUUUACUGUGCUUGUACCCCCCAGUACCCCUUUAUGUAGUCAGAGUGGGCAAACCACUGUAAGAGGCUCUGCUGCACUGAGGUGCAGCUCUUCCGAGGGAGCUCCCAAGCCAGUGUACAACUGGGUGCACCUCGGAUCUUCUCCUACACCUUCUCCUGGCAGCAUGGUUCAAGAUGAGGUGUCUGGCCGGCUCAUUCUCACCAAUCUUUCCCUGACCUCCUCGGGCACCUACCGUUGUGUGGCCACCAACCAGAUGGGCAGUGCAUCCUGUGAGCUGACCCUCUCUGUGACCGACCCUUCCAAAGGCCGAGUGGCCGGAGCUCUGAUUGGGGUGCUCCUUGGUGUGCUAUUGCUGUCGAUUGCUGCAUUCUGCCUGAUCAGGUUCCAGAAAGAGAGGAGGAAAAAGCCCAAGGAGACAUAUGGGGGUAGUGACCUUCGGGAGGAUGCCAUUGCUCCUGGGAUUUCUGAGCAAACUUCAGUGAGGGCCGAUUCUAGCGAUGGGCUCCUGGAGAGGCCCCUGUCUGCCAGCACUGUGACGACCACCAAGUCCAAGCUCCCUAUGAUUGUCUGACUUCACUCGAUCCCCGAAGGCAGUGAGGGGAAUAUCAAUAAUAAGCCUUUGGGUACCA